CUCUGAAGCGAGCUCUUUCUUUUCUUCGCAUCGGGCCGACAAUGUGGCCACUGGCGUUCUUCUUUCUGUCGCUGCUAGCCUUAGGGCAGGCGAAAACCGUCACAUAUGACUUCAAUCUCACUUGGGUCAAUGCGAAUCCUGAUGGCUUGGCCGAGCGCAAGGUCAUCGGAGUCAACGGGCAAUGGCCGCUUCCCGUGAUCGAGGUCGACAAGGGAGACCGGCUGGUGGUGAACAUGUACAACGGGCUGGAAACACACAACUCCUCCAUCCACUUCCAUGGUCUCUAUCAGAACGGGACGACCUCCAUGGACGGUCCCUCUAUGUUGAAUCAGUGUCCAGUGGUCCCCGGGGCCAGCAUCACAUAUAACUUCACGGUGGAGCAGAAUGGCACCUACUGGUACCAUUGCCACACGGACUGGUGUUAUCCGGAUGGCUACCGCCAGGCGCUGAUUGUCCAUGACAACACCCCUCCUUUCGAGUACGAUGAGGAGUAUACUAUCACAAUGAGCGACUGGUACCACAAGCUGACGGAGGAUAUCCGCCCGGAGUUCCUCUCGUUGUAUAAUCCCACCGGAGCAGAACCGAUCCCGCAGGCGUUUCUGGUCAACGACACGAUGAACUCCAAGUUUCCGGUCGAGGCGGGCAAGACGUACAUGCUGCGCCUGAUUAACAUCGGGGCCUUUGUGGCGCAAUACUUCUAUAUCGAGGACCACGCCAUGCGCAUCGUGGAGAUCGACGGGAUCUAUGUCGACGAGACCGAGGCUGAGGUGCUGUACAUUGCAGUGGGUCAGCGGUACUCGGUUCUCGUUACGAUGAUGAACGCAACUGAGAAGAACUACCCGAUGGUGACUAUAGCCGACUCCGUCCUGCUCGACACCGUGCCAUCGGAUUUAGUCUUGAACCAGACCAACUGGCUCGAGUACAACACCCAGGCCGAGUACGCCGAGGCGACUCUCAGCAUUGAUGUCUCCUCCGAGUUGGAAGCCUUUGACGAUAUGAGCCUGGUUCCGUCCGAUCGGGCAAUUUUGCUCCCGGAGCCUGACAUCCAGGUCAAGCUGACCGUUCUCAUGGACAACCUGAUCAACGGAAAGGGGUACGCAUUCCUAAAUGAUAUCAGCUACACUUCGCCUAAGGUGCCCACCUUAUACACCGUGAUGUCUGCAGGCGAUCUAGCGACCAACGCAACCGUGUAUGGCGAGUACACUCACCCAGUGGUCCUAGAUCACAACGCUGUGGUUGAGAUCGUGCUAGAGAAUCAAGACACAGGCUCCCAUCCGUUCCACCUACACGGCCACGCCUUCCAGCUGGUGACGCGCUAUCCGGCCUAUGGAGCAGACUUCUACGACUACUCGGCCGGCACGACCUUUGCUACGUACGACAGCUCCAACACAACGCUAACCGACAGCUUCCCGACGUACCCGGCCCGCCGGGACACGCUCGUACUCCCGCCCGGCGGGUACUUCGUCAUCCGGUUUGUUGCCGAUAACCCGGGGGUUUGGUUUUUCCACUGCCACAUCGACUGGCACCUGGCCCAGGGCCUGGCCAUGACUUUUGUGGAAGCCCCCGCCUUGGUCCAGGAGCGACUGACUAUUCCCGCCGACCACUGGGAGGUCUGCCGCGCGGCUGGCGUACCCGACGAGGGCAAUGCGGCGGCGAACACGGUCGACUACCUUGAUCUGACCGGCCAGAACGCACAGCCCGGCUGGCUGCCUGCCGGAUUCACGGCGCGCGGCAUCGUCGCUCUCGUCUUCUCCUGCGUGUCGGCUGUCGUAGGCAUGGGCUUUAUCACGAUGUAUGGUCUCUCAGAUUUGAAGUUCACGGAGACGGAGCUGGGGAUGGGCGAGCUGGCGGUCACGGGAGAGGUGGCGCUGACUGAGUUCAGAGAGGAGCCUGGCACGGCUUACCGGGAUUGA